AUGCUGUGGAAAUGCAAACAACGUUCCCUGUUUGAUAAAUCUCAGGCAGAGUCGUUCCUGGGGACGAACCACAACGGGGCUCAGCGAGUACUGGACGGCGUCAACUUUGUGAUCCAGUCGGUCUCCGAGUACAGUACAGGGCCAAGCAAAGCAAUCACCUCUUGGCUGACGGAUCAAGUGGCCCCAGAUUAUUGGAGGCCCAACUCCCAGAUCACAGAAUGCCAUCAGUGCAAGAAACGUUUUGAGGACGGGGAGCGUAAGCAUCACUGUCGGGCCUGCGGAGAGGGUUGCUGUGAUGCCUGCUCCAGUAAAAGCAUGCCAGUCCCCGAGCGGGGCUGGGGCACUGCUGCAGUGCGAGUGUGUGAUGAUUGCUUCAGAACAGGUGGGAACAGCACAGGAAAGGAGCUGGAGUCAGCGAGAGAAGGCACAGGGUUACUGGCGCGCAGGAUUACAGAGGUGGCUCAGAGCACUCUAGAUACGAUGGCUUCGGCAGUCGAAUAUCCCCUUGGAUUUGUCAAGGAGGUGGCGAGGCCUGACUAUUGGGUGCCAGAUCACGAGCUGGUCAAGUGUCACCUCUGUGCGAAGCCCUUUUCUGACACAACGGCCAAACACCACUGCCGAGCCUGCGGCCUAGGAGUUUGUGGCCAGUGCUCCCCCGAGCUGAGGACUGUGCCGUCUCGGGGCUGGCACCACCCGGUCAGGGUCUGCCUGGACUGUAGCGAGAAGAAAGGGGAGCUCUGACCACGUCUUCCCCCCCAACCCCUUCACUCUGAGUUUUGGUCAGCCGCGCGAGAGGACCCGCCACCUCGACGGUGGGGGGGGGGGGUGCAGGAUCAGAGUUGGAUUCCAGGAAAGGUUCACCAGGCUUCCUACGCCCUCACUCGGCUAAUCCGUGCCCGGUUCCUGCCGGGAUGUUGGGUCAAAGCCACAAGAAACGUUGAGUAGAUCCCUUGUGUUGACGCUGGCCUGAUGGGACAGAUAUGGUCAAGAGGCCUGGAUGUCGAUCCUGGAGAGUCUGUCGUGUGACUUAUUACCACUUCACUCCCCAACCCCCCGCACCAAAUCAGCCAUUGGCUGCCCUACGCGUCAAUCAUCAUGAUCCCGGUCCACGGCACCACCCCCAACAACCAAUCAGGAAAUGAGCAACCCUCUUUCUGAAGAAGGGUCUAGGCCCGAAACGUCAGCCUUCCUGCUCCUCUGCUGUGUGCAUGCAGCUCGACACUGGGUUCUCUCUUUCUCCGCACUGACUGACUGGAAUGGAGCGCUGGCCAAACUGCGUCUCGGUUAAUGCUUUGAGAUGAAUUUGCGUGGCAGUCACUAAUGAACGGUGAACAUUGUGAGAGCGCGAUUGAUGCCCCUCCGUCCCAGGAGUUAAAUGUCAACCCCAGGAGACUGCAGGGCGGUCCUGCGGGGUGGGGGACGUGAGGGGCUCUGAGAGAAAUGCGAGCAUCUGAAUAGGCAGGAGACAGCCACUCAGCUCUUUGAACAUAUUUCGCUGUUCGGUCCAGUCACAGCUGGUCUGACUCGAGCCUCAGCCCUUCAACCGUUAGAUUCUUGGGGUUGACUGACUUAUCAAUUGAACUCGACCUGAAAAAUAUUCAGUAAUCCCACUGCUCCAGCCUGCUGGAGGAUACAGAUAGAUGCGAUGUGUUUUCACGUGUUGGAGGUUACACCAAUAAAAACUGACUCAGGAGCCUGUAUUCUUGUGUAGGUGAAAGGAAUUUG